GCCAUAGCCACAGGGACGGACUGAUUUUCCCCAAGAAAACUCAAGACUCAGCGAGUCCAAGCAAACAAAUGGGUGUUUUUGCAGCAAUAGGGGUCAUUCUCCCAUUUCCGUACUACUACUGGCUAUGGACAAAACCACAGUCAUGGGUGAACCUUUGUGGGAAAGAGCGUGACCCAUGUAAAGUUAUGGCCUAUGUCUCCCAUUUCCUCAAGCUGCUUCAGUUCAUUUCUCUCUAUUCAGUCUCUUCCUUCUCCUUGCCUCCUCCUCUCUACUUCUGGCCCCUCUUUGGCUUUGGUCAGUUUCUCAACUUCAGGGUAUACCAGUUGCUUGGUGAAUCAGGUACGUACUAUGGUGUACGCUUUGGAAAGGACAUUCCUUGGGUGACAGAAUUUCCACUUGGUGUUAUAAAAGAUCCUCAAUAUGUUGGAAGCAUUUUGAGCCUUCUUGCAUGUCUAUCUUGGGUCCCCUUCCAAUACAUUCUUUUGUGGUCUCUGGGAUAUGCAUUCAUGAUUCAUGUGGAAUCAAAAAAGGAUCUGGCUACUCGUGCAAAGCUACUUUCUUGAAUCUUGAUUGCAGUAAUUGCAGUUCACUAACCAACGAUCUUGAAGAUUUUGAUGGGGGUAACAAUUUGAAGGUGCUUUACUGACUUUUAUCUAGUUUAAUAACACCUUUGAACAUUUUGCCCUUGUAUUCCAAUUUAUAUUUCAACUUUUUAUGAUUAUUUAUAAUGCCUGUAACUCAUUCUCAUAGAAAUUCGUUAAGCAGGUUGUUUCUUGUUUUUUCCA